GUUGAAACGGGAGUUGAAUGGGAGGUGAACCGUUCAACUCAAAACCCCCGUUGAAUCCGAUUUCGGACACAUAGACUAGAUCGCUUGCACUGCUCAUUGCAUGGACCUCCUCAUGCGCGAUAUCUGCAAGCAGCAAUGGGCGGCCAACAUCAUCAACAAGGCAAACAAGGUGGUCAACUUCUUCAGACUUCACAGGUGGCCACGAUCGCAGUUGAGGACGCAACUGCUGCAGUUUCUGGAACUUAAGUGCACCUGCCUGCUUCGCCCUGCGCAGACGAGGUUCGGGACCCACUACGUGAUGCUGCAGCGUCUCGUGGUCUGUGCGAAGGCUAUCACCAGAAUUGUGAACGGACUCGCCUGGGAGAACAUGGUGUGGCGAAAAGAUAUCAGGGAGAAGGCCUUCUUCGUGGAGGAGAAUGUUCUUGACAAGACCUUCUGGACUGAAGUCAAGAAGUUGGCCGCCCUGAUGAAGGGCCCUUACAAUGUGCUGCGAGAGGUGGACAAGGAUGUCCACUGCUUGUCGCGCAUCUACGACAUGGCCUAUCAGUUAUCAGUGUUCGUUCGUGCACCCCCCUUCACUGAGGAGGAGCGGGAUGAGAUCCUGUCGGCAGUGGCGAACAGGACUGACAUGCUGCUCAGCCCCAUCCAUGUUGUUGUCUGGCUGCUUGACCCUAUGUUGAUGGACAUUGCUGUUUUCAGCAAAGUGGAGCUCAUGGCACAGUUCGAGAGCGUUGUGGAGUGACUGAUCGGGAAGAGGGGGAGCAAGAGGUUCACGGACUGCGUGGACCACUUAUAUGACUUCCAGUUUGGGAACGGGGUAUUUGUGUCCGAUUGUGCAGUGCAACGGGCAUCGAAGGAUAACGCGGUGCUGUGGUGGAGGCGCACGGGGCUGGCCAUCGAGAGAUCAAGGCUCUGGCGGUCAAGGUGCUCUCCAUCUGGACGACUUCCUUUGCAGCUGAGAGGAACAGGAGCACUUGGGCUCUUGUGCUGACCAAGUCUAGGAACAAAUUGCACCACCAGCG